GAGGGAAGAGAGUUUUGGGUUUUGGAGAGAGUUGAGUGAGGCGGAGCAAGAAGAGAGGGAGGAUUUUUUGAAGGGGACUGAGAGUAAAACAAAGUGAGAAGCAGGGAGCUUGAAGGGAGGGGGAGUAAAAAAGGAAAAAAGAUGGAGUAAUUUUGGAGUUCAAGGUAGUAUGCGCAAACAGGAGAAGAGAGAUUUGAGUCGUUUGUGUGGAUGACAGAGGAGAAAGCUGAAGAAAAAAUAUUGAUUCAGGGAGUGAAAAAGGAGAAAUAGUGUUCUAGUUUUGAAAAAGAAGCAGUGAGGAAGAACCGCUUGUUUGGAAAACUGAAGAAAGGAUAGGUAUUAGCAGAACUGUUCUCGUGGAAUCUUUACUUGGAUUUAGGAUAUUUAUCAGACUAGUAGUUUGAGAUUCAUGCAUCAAAUAUAAGCCCUGUUGUACUUUGAUUGUGAAGGAAUGGUGGGACUUUCUGUUGGAGAAAGACAUUUUAUACAAGGUGGGAUUGCUCAAGACCUUCGUUCUGAUGGACGGAAAAGAUUAACCUACCGACCCAUUUAUGUUGAAACUGGAGUCAUUCCUCAGGCAAAUGGUUCAGCAAGAGUCAGAAUGGGUGGAACUGAUGUCAUUGCCAGUAUAAAGGCUGAACUUGGUAGGCCAAGUUCACUGCAACCUGAUAAGGGAAAGGUUUCUAUAUAUGUUGAUUGUAGUCCAACUGCAGCACCAACGUUUGAGGGUAAAGGGGGUGAAGAGUUGUCAACAGAACUCGCAUUGGCUCUUCAAUGUUGUCUCUUGGGUGGUAAGAGUGGAGCAGGGGCUGGAAUUGAUCUGUCAUCUUUGAUAGUUGUGGAAGGAAAGAUUUGCUGGGAUCUUUAUAUUGAUGGCCUUGUUGUGAGUUCUGAUGGGAAUUUGCUAGAUGCUCUAGGUGCUGCCGUCAAGGCUGCUUUGAGCAAUACAGGUAUCCCAAGAGUCCAUGUUGCAGGAGAGGUAUCGGGUGAUGACCCACCUGAAGUUGACAUUAGUGAUGAAGAAUAUCUACAGUUUGAUACAUCCAAAAUCCCUGUAAUAGUGACACUAACAAAGGUGGGAAGACACUACAUUGUGGAUGCCACUUCAGAAGAGGAAUCUCAAAUGAAUUCAGCUGUUUCGAUAUCUGUCAACAGGCAAGGCCACAUAUGCGGGCUGACCAAACGUGGAGGUGCAGGUCUGGACCCAAGUAUCAUUCUUGACAUGGUAUCUGUGGCUAAACAUGUAAGUGAGCAACUAAUGAAUAAACUGGAUUCUGAAAUUGCUGCUGCUGAGGCAGAUGAAGAUGAACAAUGACAUGAUUGGAACAUCUCCCGUCCUGAAGGUUUAGUGCAUCUAAAUGGGACCUGAUUUAUGUACGCUAUGUAGUUGGAUAGCUCACCACAGGUAGGAUAGGGAUUAUGUAAAAACCUUAAAGUGGAUUAUAUUCUAGUUGGCUUGGGCUUUAUAGGAAAAGUUUGCUAAUGUUGUUGAAUACAUAGAACUUUUUUUUUUCGGUGCUUCGAUUUGACUUACCAAAGAAGAUUUGAAUUCAUGAUUUAUCAGUCGAA